AUGGACGCCCCUGAAGUGCGCGUGGCAACCGUUGGCUGCGGCCACGGUAGUCUGAACCUAAUCUACGAUACUGUCGAAAAGUUUGCUGCUGAGCGUGGCUGGGAUGGUGUCGACAUCGUCAUUAUCGGUGGCGAUUUCCAGGCCCUCCGAAACGCCGACGAUGCGGCGUGUCUUUCCGUCCCCAGCAGAUUUCGCAAAAUGGGAGACUACCACGAGUACUACAGUGGUCAGCGUCUGGCACCGUUCCUGACCAUCUUCUGUGGUGGCAACCACGAGGCGAGCAACCACUUGUUUGAGCUCUACUACGGUGGUUGGAUCGCUCACAACAUCUACUAUCUCGGUGCUGCGAAUGUCAUUCGCUAUGGCCCUCUCCGCAUUUCCGGCAUGUCUGGCAUCUGGAAGGGGUACGACUACCGCAAGACCCACCAUGAGCGAAUUCCAUAUCGCCCUGAAGACCUCCACUCCGUCUUCCAUGUCCGCGAACUCGAUGUUCGCAAGCUUCUCCAAAUCCGCACUCAAGUCGACAUCGGUUUGUCCCACGACUGGCCUCAACAGGUCGAGAUUUUUGGUGACUUCAAACUCCUUUUCCGCAAAAAGAAGGACUUUGAGGAGGACUCGAAGCACGGGAGACUCGGAAACCAGGCCGCUCGCGAGGUCAUGGACCGUCUUCGCCCCCGCUACUGGUUCUCUGCUCAUCUCCAUGUCGAGUUUGCCGCAACCAUCCCGCAUGGCAACGUCCUGACCAAGAGGGUCGAGCCUAGCCCGGGUGUUCCUGCUGUCUGGGCUGUCGAGGUGGCUAGUCCCAAGGUUCUACCCGAAGUUCUUAAGCCCUCCCCAGCUGUUGAAGUUUCUUCUGAGAACUCACGCCCCGUUGCAAACACCAUGAUGGCUGCGUACGGAAACCAGAAUCUGGCCCCUCACGGCGAACAGGCCGAUCGCCUUGCAGCCUGGGGAACCUUCCAAAAGUGCGACAGCAAAAUUCGCCAACAAGAGUUUCUGGACUUGGCCCAUCGCAAGGAAGUGGAGCGACCUAACACCGACGUCGAUGUGACCUGGAAGCACUUGUCUUCUGGCAAGUCCGCCGAUCAACAAGAUUCACUUGUUUAUGCCAACAAGCGAGUCAAGAAUGAUGAUGAGAUUGACCUCGAUUCGGAGAACGAUUCCUCUCAUGAGGACACCACCACUUCAUCGACCAACAAACAAUCCGAGCUCACCUCAUUCGGAACGGAUCAGCAAGCUGAUCUCGAGGCUACGACCACUGGAACUCGCAACAUUUGUCUCCAGGCUGGUACCGACGGUGCUAACGAGGGUGCCCCCUCCAACACUCAAAUGUCUCUUGUGGACCAGGCUGUCUCCGAGAACAUGCGUACCAAACUCCCCGCCGCGUUCGCACGCCCCCCACCCAAGACUACCCGGCAACCCAUGGCACACCCAGAGGCCAUUGACAACAAGCUCACAAAGUUCCUGGCACUCGACAAGCCCAACAAUCACAAUGCUUUUGUGAAGCUCCUCAGUAUUGCGCCUGUCUCGGACCAAUCAAACGUCAAUGUUUGCAAGCCUUAUCGUCUUCAGUACGAUAAAGAAUGGCUGGCCAUCACUCGUGUCUUCGCCGACGACCUUGUCCUGGGAGACAAGAAUGCCAGAAUCCCGGAUGACCUCGGUGAGAAUGAAUACCUUCCUCGUAUCCAAGAGCAGGAAAGCUGGGUCGAAGAAAACCUUGUUCAGAAGGGACUGAUGAACGUCCCCUACAAUUUCACCCGCUCCGCCCCCCGCUCCACCCCGACUGGCGACAUUCAACAUCCUACCAUGCCGAUGGAGUUCCCAAACCUCCAGACCGCGGAGUUCUGCGAGUUGCUUCAGAUCGACAACAAAUUCUACCUGAACGAAGAACAGCGAUUCAUCAACUACUCCAGCGUUCCUGCCACCCAGAUGGCGAACGGUGACGAGGAUCGUCACCGAGGUACAGGCCGCCGUGGUGGCCACAGGGGCCGUGGCCGUCGUGGUCACCGCGGUGGUCACCGCGGAUCUGGACGCGGAACCCAGUGA